GAAUUUGAAGAAUAACCAUGUGAAGUGUGUCAAAAAGAUUUGGUGCUCUCCCUCAAGAAUAAAAGCGAGGAAAAACAAAACGGUAGUUAAUUAAAUAAAUUCGGGGAUGGAGGCGGCGCUGCAUCAAAUUGAAAGGGCACACUGGGCCGAAGAAGCCGAAAUCCGCAGCAGAGAGAUUUAGGUUGGUGACAUGUAAAGGCAGAGGCCGCAAUCUUGCCCUUACAGCACCUGAUUUGCUCACGACCUCUCGCUCCCUGCUAGAUACUGCUUCAAUUCAGUUAUGCCGAAAGACCUUCCGGGAUUUUACUUUGACGCGGAGAAGAAUCGGUAUUUUCCUUACAAAGGGCCUAUUCCGGGUUCUUCCACAAAACCUCCUCCUUCAAGGCCACCACCCUCCCACCAACCCCAGGCAGACAGCUCAUGCCAAAGCAUAAAAUUGAGACAAAAGCUGAUCCAGUCCAGGGAGUUGUGGGGUAAUGUAAUUUUUUGCCGCAAAGAGAAGCUUAACUUCCAAUCCUUCUACCAAAAAUACCAUGCAUCACAACCAAUGAUAUGGAAAUACAAAGGAACUAAGAAGAUUGCAAAUAUUGCAUUGGGACAUGUGGUUGCUGAUGUUUCUUCUCAACAUGGUCUCAUGGAGAGAGAUAUAUUGGUGAGUGUUGGCGCGAAUGGCUUACUGUGCCUUUUUCCAGUUGGACAGGCUGAACAGGAAGUAGAUCCUAUGGAAACCCACAAGGCUGAUCUUGUAUGGCCCCCCAAUUCAGAUAUACUACCAAGGCGCAAAGAGCUAGUCAAACAACUGGGGAGCUCAUAUGGUUCUAUGACAUAUUUGACAUCUGAUGUUUCUUCUAUUAAGUUGUUGAGGAAAAGUUGUCUACCGGCUGACAUUAUGUCAAAACAUUUUCUUAUCACAACACUGGGGUCAGAGAGUGCUUCUGGAUCUGUCUACCUACUAGACCUAAGUAAGCCACUACAUUUUGGCGCCAGUGUUCCAAUACAAGAAUUUCAUGAGCUUGCUUCGUUUGAACAGACACUUUGGGCUGCUGACUGUGAUCCUGAAGGAAGGCGUGCUGCAAUUGGAACCAACAGAGGAGCUAUGUUGCUAAAUUUGGAAACUGGAAUAUCAUCAUGGGUGCUUCGUUGUAAGAGUGAUGUAUUGUCCGUGCAGCUUGUACAAUCUGGAAAAGUCGUUAUAUGCGGAUUGAGAAAUGGAGCAAUUAUGACUGUUGACACUCGCCAAAAACAGAUUAAAAGGAGGGCAGACAGAUCUUUGACUAUGUCAAUGCCAUCAUCUGUUUGUUGCUUGUCAUCACUUGAUCUUUGGGAUCAAUACUUCUUGGCUAGUUCCAUGGAUGGCUCGAUCAAGCUCUACGAUCAUCGUCUGAUCCAGAAAGGUCCAGUUCAAUCUUAUGAAGGCAGUGUAAAUUCUCAUACGCGUAUAGAACUAGGAGUUGACCCAUCAGAGAAAGUGGUCAUGUCAGGUGGGGAGGACUGCUACAUCCGUCUCUGGGAUAUCAAGACUGGUGAAAUGCUCUUGAAAGAGAAAUUUAUGAAUUCGAUUCCAUCAGCAGUCUGCUGGCCACGAAGAGCCGCUUUCAGGGCAGAUGGGCAGGAUUACAGAAAUUACUGGCAGGAUCAUAGUUUGGGUGCAUGGCUUGGAUCAUAUGAGGGAAUCUUUUAUAUGGACUGGCUCUGAUUAUACACCAUACAAAUGCCAAUAGUAGCUCAGUUUUCAAGACAAGACCUUAGGCCUGGCUUUGACUAGCAUGGGUGUAUAGUAUUAGGAUGUUGUGAGAUAAUUAUACAUGUUGAUUUUAGAGAGUUAGAAGUCUGUGUUGGGUUAACAAUCUUGAGUCCAGUAACAAGCUCAACUCUGUUGAUGCAUGUAAAUUACUACUCCCUAGAAAUAUAUUUUGUAAUUUUUCUUCUCCUUGAGAUGUGAAAGGAACAAAAACAUUAGUUGACUCUUUGAUGAAAUGUCAAUUCAUUCAUUUAUUAAA